AAACCUUAAAAUCACGUGGUUAAAUUGCGGGAAGAAUGAAAAUACUUGUCAGUUGUAUGAAUUGUACAUGUUUUAACGUUUGAACGUCAACGGGCCAUAUUAUCAUUAUAACCAGUACAUAAGUAAUAAAGUCUAUAAAAAUGGCACACUUCAAUUUUGAAAAAAUGCUAAACGAAGCUAUCAAGCUUGAUGGACCUUUGCAGAAUGGACCAAAGUUUAGAUACGAAAGAAAACCUAUGGAGAAAAAAGGAUCAGAGUCUAGCUUGGGUUUGUCACCUAGACCCAAAUUGAGUGAAAAUUCAACAAAAACACCAAAAGGUCUGUCUCAAUCAAAAACACCUGGAAAAUACAGCAAAAUGCCAACCCAGAAAGGGAAGACUCCCAGCAAAACCCCAAACAAGCAGUCUGGUCCAGACAGAUUUAUUCCGAGCCGUUCGUCACAAGACAUUGACCUCAGUCACUUUGCCAUAAUGAAAGAGAAAGCUGAAAAUGAGGAGAACGACCCAGACUGGUCCCCUUCUAAAGCUCCCUACCAGAACCAGCUAAAUACCGUCCUUAACAAGGGAGAUAAUCCACAAGAUACAAAGAUUCUGUCAUUCAACAAUAAAUGUCCAGCAGCAACAGGUCACAGCAACAGAAUGAAAGUAUUGUACUCCUACAGUAAAACUACUGUCCCUAAAUCCGCUGCACGGAACAUUCCACAGCAACCAGAUAGGAUACUGGAUGCUCCCGAUCUUCUGGAUGACUACUAUUUGAACCUGUUAGAUUGGUCAACAUCGAAUAUCUUGGCUGUAGCCUUAGGCACGGCCAUCUAUCUCUGGAAUGCCACUACAUGUACCAUAGCACAGCUUCUAAACAUGCAGUCCGAGAACGAUUACAUAACAGGUUUGUCCUGGACCCCAGAGGGAGGAAUCCUAGCGGUGGGGACUAAUGCAGGGGCGGUACAGCUGUGGGAUACAGAGGCGGAGAAGUUAUUACGCGUGAUGACAGGACAUGCCGCUAGAGUUGGCGCCCUGUCCUGGAAUUCACACAUUGUCAGCAGUGGGUCUCGUUCUGGAGCUAUCCACCACCACGAUGUGCGGGUCCCUGACCACCAUGUGGGGUCUCUGAUUGAACACACCCAGGAGGUGUGUGGACUAACUUGGUCCCCGGACGGACGCCACCUGGCGAGUGGUGGCAAUGACAAUGUAGUGAAUGUGUGGGACACCACCUUGGCUCUAGAAGGAGUCUCCCCUGUACAGACCUUCACACACCAUCUUGCAGCAGUUAAGGCUUUAGCCUGGUGUCCAUGGAAUCCUGUGAUACUAGCCUCAGGGGGAGGGACUGCAGACAGACACAUCAGACUCUGGAACAUUUCCAAUGGUUCUUGUGUAAAUGCCAUAGACACAAACUCUCAGGUGUGCUCCAUUCUAUGGUCCACUGAGCUUAAAGAAAUGAUCUCGGGUCAUGGCUACUCACAGAACCAACUGACUAUCUGGAAGUACCCCCAAAUGAACAGAAUCGCCGAGCUUACAGGACACGAGGCUCGAGUCCUGAGUCUGACUAUGUCCCCCUGUGGUACGACUGUGGCCAGUGCAGCAGCUGACGAGACCAUCAGGUUAUGGAAAUGCUUUGCCAAGGACAAAGAGAAGGUCAAGAAAACUGCUCAGACCAAAUCGGUGAAGGAAACAUUCUCCCUGCCAUCCAGGAUCCGCUAAUUCAUUGAAGUCCAACACAGGACCUUCUUGUCAUCGAUUUUAAAUGACGAGCUAUUGGUAAUAAGACGUGCAGGCAUGUAUAUGUAUGAUGGGUUAAAGCCAGAAAUUUAUUGCUCCUGAAACCAGAUGAAGCUCAAUGAAACAAGAGUAAAAUUGAUGAUACUGGACAGGUGCUGUUUGCAUGUAUUUCUUGGAAUUCUCAUGUCUGUACCGUGUACAGUUUGUCACUGAGCCAAUCAGAUCAGCCAGAGCUGUGGGUUUGAAAGGGGACAUCUGGAGAGACUGGGAAUGCCAGAUAGCUUUUAAUAUCCCUCUUUAAAAAUCAUCUCCUUUGUUUUAAUAUCCAUUGAUAGGUAUAAUACAAUAUUGAUAAUAAUUAUUUUGAAUUGAUGUUUGCAUUUUAGCAUUCCUGAUUUAGUUCAAUUGUGGAUCAAUUUUCAUUCUGUUUACCAAUGUAUACAUGUCAUCCAAAUGCUUCAAGUUUCUUUUUAUUUUGCAUGUAAUUUUUGUUUUGUUCAAUUUUAAUGCCAUAUCCUGUUCAGUUACUACACGUGUCUUGGACUGUGUUGAGGCCAUUUAAAGUUUGCAGAAAUUUAAAUAAAUAAAAAAUUUUCUUAAUACUUA